UGUUCAUUGAAGGUUUUGUAAGUAUGUUCAAAACUUGUCUUUUGCUUGUUUUUCAAAAAUUAUUUAUUCGAUUAUAAACAGUAGGCUGAUGAAUUAGUAUUGUUCAAUUUGAAGCAAAUCAGAAACGUUAAUAUUAUUUUCAAUCUAAACAUGAUUUCUAUUUGAAAUAUUUGUUUGGUUGGCAAGCUUGGUAGCCAUCAUGGAUUUCAAGACGUAGAACGAAGAAAGAAGUUUCUGCUGUUGUGUUUUGUACGUCGUGUGAGUGUGCUCCAUGUCGAUUACAACGGCACUUGUUAUUAAAAAAAUUGCGUAGUUAUCUAUUUCCUAGUUUAAUUUUUGUGUCAAAUCAAUUUAUUAGACUUAUCAAGUGGUUUUUGCAUUAUUUUAACAAAUUUUUGUACUCUACUUUUUUAGAGUUUCGGUUGAUACCGGUACUACGCAGUAGCAUUUAUGUACAUUGUUGUAUUUUCUCUAUGAGAAAUUGUUAUUUUUCUAUUUAAAAUAGAACUUGUAUAGAAUUUUAUAAAAUAAUGUCUCUAUCUCCGGUGGCAAGACAAGCAACUCAAAGCCAGAGCAUUCCUUCAAGAAGGGUUUUGAUAAAUGACCCUUCUCAACUUCCAAUAGAUUAUUCCUCUACGCCUGGCGGUACCUUGUAUUCAACAACACCAGGAGGUACAAGGAUCGUGUAUGAACGAGCGACGUUGAUGCAUUUGAAAAACUCUCCUCUGGCUAGGACACCACCCAAGAACUUACCUAGUAUCCCCGACUUCUUGCUCAAGGGAGACAUCGCUCAUGAAGCCAAAGAAAACGCCAACAUUAUUUGUAGUCCAGUCAAGAAAGAUCCGGCGGUGAUUGAGGACGUCAACGAACAGUUCGAGAUGGACAUGUGAACCCUGCCGACUGACCUUCACUCAGAAUCACGUGCCAUACCGUAAGGCACCAAACUCUAGUUUUAUUUGUAGUGUCAUUAAAAACCAUCACUUUAAGCCUACUAUUGUACGCUGCUCUGUCGAGGUAAACUUAUAAAGUUUGACAUUGUAAUGGUGAUAAUAAUUUGAAAAUGUAAUAAGAAUUUUUGUUGGCCAAGGAAUGUGCAUUUAAAAGGUUUGUUUCAAUUUUGAAACUAACUGAAAUAUUUGAUUAAUUGGAAUGUAUCGCAAAUUAUUGCCGUGUAUAUCAAUACAAUUUUGAUAAACUGUGUAUGAUCUACAAUGUACCAGUGUCCUCUUGAAUGUAAAAAUGUAAUAAGAAUUUUUGUUGGCCAAGGAAUGUGCAUUUUAAAAGUUUUGUUUCACUUUUGAAACUAACUGAAAUAUUUGAUUAAUUGGAAUGUAUCGCAAAUUAUUGCCGUGUAUAUCAAUACAAUUUUGAUAAACUGUGUAUGAUCUACAAUGUACCAGUGUCCUCUUAUGGAGAACUUUUGCAACGCAAAAAGCAGAAUCUCUAUUGACUUGAAAUUGGAUAAAAAUCCUCAAGUGCCCUUUUUUGUUUUAUCAAUUCACAAUCACUACAUAUUUCGACUAAUUGAUAUAAUUUUCAAGUGAAAAUCAAAGUCUCCCUCGACGUGAUCAAAUUUAUUUGGAUUAUAUAAGCAUCACUACCUGAAGAAAUUUCUUCAGUUUGAACCAUUAGUCCAACUUGAAUUGUCUCAACUUCAUACUUGGUUUCAACUCAAAAAUGUUUUGAUUCCAUUUGAUAAGGCUUUAAGGGAAACUCCACCUCUUGCGUCCAAAUUAUCGGCUCAGAAUUCUCCUCUGAUUGGCUGAGAAUCGAUUCAGAACAGUUCUCUGAUUGGCUGGGAAUACUCUGUUGGUGAGAAUUAGCCAAUCACCGGAAUCCUAAGUGUCGGCCGACAAUCCAGUGUGAAAACAGCCAUUAUUAUCGACAGGGAACAUUAUUGUGGAGCAACACAAUAUUGUUGAAGCAUGCAAUUGCCAAUAUAAUAUAAAACAGCCAUUAUUAUCGACAGGCAACAAUAUUGUGGAGCAACACAAUAUUGUUGAAGAAUGUGUCUGUAAUGAAUAUACCUGUUCAAUUCAUUUAAAAAAACCGUUAUAUCACCAUUUCUUUGUUAAAAGAGGGACUGAGUGUUUGAAUUCCGUAAUUUGAAUAGAGUAAAGUUUUGGUUUCCAAUGAAAACUACUUAUAAAAUAAAGUUGAAUAUGUUUGUAUGUUCGGAAGUGUACUCGGUGAAUCAAUUUAUAGCAAGAUUUCCUAAAUCAGUCGUUUGGAUUCUGGCCUUAUUUUUUAUAUAAUAAGUUGUUAUAGAUUCAGAUAGAUUUAGUAGAGAUAUAUUGUCUUGAAAAUUAUUUUAUUGAGCUUUGUUUACAUUAGAUGCUCUUAACUGAUUCCAUCACAGCAUAUAAUAUAUAUAAUUAUUAUUGUAUCUUCAGAAGUCAUUUUCAAUAUUAAGCCUUUCUUAGUUUUGAUUUUUUUGAAACCACAAUCAACCUAAACUUGUUAUUAGUUACUAGAAGCAAUAUAGGAAUUGGAUCAUGUUAUUGUGCUAUUAAUACUUAAUGCAAUGAUCUUAUAUUUGGCGAAUAUUGAAGAAAUUUUCUAUAUAUAGAUAUAUAGGUAAUGCACAUGAUGUUCAUUUAUAUUUUACCAUUAGAUAUAUAAUAUAAUCAGACGUAUGUUUGAAUCACUUUAAUGUUAAAUAUUUGAAAAACUAUUUUAUUCUCAAGACAAAUAUGUAUGGAUAAAUAAAUUCGAAUACCCUAUUGAAAGUUUUGAUCAAGCUUCUAAAAUUUAGAUUUUAUCAUAAAUGAUAGAGUAAAUCAACAGUAGCCUGAUACGAGAAAAAUUAUAUUUUCAAGCCAUGAAAUUGUUACCAAUAUGGUUUAUUACUGAAUAAAAUUAAUUCGCUAAAAUUUUUA